AUGCGGAUUAUCGUCGGAGGGAAGUCCUUCAAGACUAACCUGCGCAACGAUGACCCAGGACUGCUGCUGCUACGGCUAGGACAUCCUCCUCAGCAGCAGCGCAGCAGAAGCAAAGCAGACGCAAAGCAAGUGCCCUGCCCUGCUCGCCUCGCCUACACUCUACUAUGUACCCUUAGCUGCUCUGCUGCACUGGGAGGAGCUGCGGAUGGGAGGAGCACCAGGAGUAACCUCGACCUGGAACGUGCAGCGUCCCGGCCGCCUCUCUGCCCCCCUUCUCGUGGAUCCGGGCAGGCAAGGCAAGCCGCAAAGGCAAAGACAAGGCGGAAGUACCUGCGGGUGUCGAGGUACAUCGAUCACCUGUUGACUACUCCCUCCCAACUCCCAGUCAGUGUCAGUGUCACUCACUUCCCUGGGGCCCUUGGCUCGGACGUUUCCAUGGUACAAGCUCAUUUUCAAAGCCCGGAACCGGCAGGGCCCCCAAGACGAAUCGAGGAUUUUCGCAGGGAAUUCAAAGUUGACGGAGAGUUCCGCAAUAAUCAUCUCGACGACUCUAAGUCUAUCACGGUAGAUGUCACGAGUCUAGGACUUUCUGGUCUGCGAUGCUAUCAUAGUGUCGGCACCUUCGCGUCUGACCAAGUCUUGGCCUUCGUUCACUUCGCCAUGCCAUUCGACCUUGUGGCAGAUUUCGAUGGAGCCCACAAAGGAUCAACACCUCUACAGUCAAACCGCCUACCCGAGAGAAGGGGAGCUCCUGGCAAACAUAGCACCCCACGAAGAGUCAAGAGCCAAGACUCAAGACCCAAGAAGCUCAAGAGUUGGGACAAAGAGCACGGAGCACAGAGCGCCGAAGCUCGGUCGAAACUGAAGGCCGGGGCCGUCGACCCGUCGGUACCGUCAAGAUGGCCGACCGUCUGA